AUACGAUACCAAAACAAGUUCGAUUCUCGUAAGAAAGUUGUUAAAGUUUCAUCGUAUUUUGAAAAUAAAAUAAAUUUCGUGCUGAAAAGUUUAAAAUUUGUUCAAAAUCUUAAUUCAAAUUCAAUAAAUUAUAUUGUUUUACUUCUUGAAAAUCGAACGAUAAAUAUUCACGUUUUUUCGUGUGAAGUGUUAAGAAUUGUAGUAGACUAUUGCGUGCUUGUUGUUUUUUCCGAUAUAUGAGAUGUUCAUUAUUACAUUAUAAUAUCUGAAAUACAGUCUCAUAGACUAAUAUUGAUUGAAGUUUCUGUAUCAAUGAUUUAGCAACCGAAAUCGGGCACUAAAGGUUUAUCUUUUGAGAAAGAUAUGUGGGUUAAGUUUGUACGUUGUUUAGCGAAAGUGGUUGUGCACGUAUGCCCUUUCUUAAAAUUAACCAGUUUGACAAUAAGACUGUAAAUUCAGAUUAAGGCCUUAAUUCGAGGAUUUAGAGCUUUAUGAUGAUGUUUUGAAAGAAGAUGCUAUGACUGUAAAUGAUUUCAUCAAGAAGAGUUAUGGCUUCAGAAAAACAAACUGCAUCUGGAAUAACAUCUGCAAAACAGACAUCAGUUUCUUCCAAAAAAGUUUUACCUCCAACACCUGCAGAGUUAUCUAGUUCAUCACUACCUGUUGACCGGAAUGCUAGUUUAAAGCAAAAUCAGGCAUAUAGUGGUUUCUUUCUAGAGUAUUCUUUAAUUUCUGAAUACCUUCUUCUGCAGAAGCAGCUCUUAUCCGGUGUUUAUGUCAUUCCUUCUGCUGGUUCCCCUUUAAAGUGGUUUGGUGUCAUAUUCAUACGACAAGGACUUUAUCAAGGUGGUGUAUUUCGAUUCACAUUAUAUGUACCUGAUAAUUAUCCAGAUUGUGAAUGUCCUAUUUUAGUAUUUGAUCCUCCUGUUUUCAAUCCCUUAAUUAAUGCAGAAACAGGUGAACUUGAUGUUAAAAGGGCAUUUCCUAAGUGGAGGAGAAAUGUGAAUCAUCUUUGGCAGGUUAUACAGUAUGCAAAACGCAUAUUUUACAAGAUUGAAACAGAAUGUCCUUUGAAUUUUGAAGCAGCUGAACUGUAUGAGAAAGAUUUGGAGUUGUACAAAGUAAAAGCUGCUGAAAGCAUAAGUGUAUGCAAUGAGAGAUUAUAUGAGAAGCCAAAUACAGAUGAUCCACAUGCUUUUUAUUUUACUCCCUGGGAUCCCUCUAUUCAUGAAGACUUCAGAAAGAAGCUUUUUUCUUACAAGAAGGAAGAACAUGAUCAAUCAAAAGAUUCACAAACAGGCUUAUCAUGGAUGCAACCAGGAAAUCUACAAAUAUUUUCAAAAACUGUAUCUUGAUAUGCUGUUUGAAUGAAUGGAUUUUUUAUCAAAAACAUGUUAUCCAUUAUGGAUAAUCAUUGAUAAUCAUAAUUUUUAUAAAUAAUCAUAUUGUGUCAUUCGUAUAUAUUAGUCAUUUUUAACUCUGAUAAAUUGGACUGUAUGAAUUAUUUGUUAAUGUUUGUGAAUACUUAUAAUGUGUUGUCUAUUUACAUGAAAUAUGUAAUGUUUAGAAUUUGUAUACAUAAAAUAUGUUUUUAAUUGAAGUACCACUAUAUUACUAUCAGUACCUGAUGUUUCAAUUCAGCCCACCCUAUAAUUGUGUGAUAUAUUCAGUAUUAAGUUGUAUUUUAUGAAAUUGUGUUACUGAAAAUCUGAGUCAUAUAUACAGUGUGCUCAUAAACGUCCCCGAUAUAUGAACCCCUAAUGGCCUAUCUGUUGAACUAGUUGAAAUGAAAUUUCAGAUAUUAUUAUCUGAUAUGCACUCAAGAUUGUGAUGAUAUAAAACAAUAGAGCUCUCACAGUUAUAGUUGCAGUGAAAUAAUUUCGAAAUUUUCAAACAAACACAUCUUUUUUCCCUAAAACCAUAAACUAUGUUUUAAUGACAAAAUUGCCAGCGUAAAACAUUUGCAAAGAAAGCAUUGUUAAGAACCAUAGACAACACAACACAAGAGAGGAAAGAGAAAAACUUUUUUUUUGUUGCCCAGAGUGUAUAGUGGUCAGGGGAGCUGGAGGCAAAGGUUCCCCACCUGUUAGGUGCUUCCCUAAUAAAGUGACCACCACUUCUGGCCUUAGUUGGCCGAAAACGGCUGAGGGCCCGCUAUUGAGGGGGGAGAAGAAUUAAAAAUUUUUACAGCUUACUUUUCAGAUGAUAAUGCUCUGCAUGCAAGAGAUUGUUGAUAGCAUUGACUAAUGUAACAUUGUAGGAGGAAUUUACAUAUUUUCACAUUUUAUAGCAUCUUUUAAUUCUGAUUCUCUUGAAUUUGAUGUGUAAACCUUAGAUUUCAGAGAAGCCCAGGACCAGAAAUCCAUUGGAGUGAGGUCAGGAGAUCAUGGUGGCUAAAUUGCAAAGUUACAGGAUAGGACUUUAUCUCCAAAGUUCUGUUGCAGGACUUGCUGAACAGAUGUAGUGACGUUGGAGGAGAACUAUCUUGUAUCCAUUAGUGUCAUUAACAACAUUUCAAUGGUGCAGUUCUGAAAUUAUGUAAUUAUACAAUUCUGCAACACAGUUGUAUAGCAAGCACUUGUGAUUGAGCAUAUUUACAUAUCUGUGGAAGUGGCCUAUUUGAAGAAGUGUGGACCAAGAAUGAAUGUGCUUGCAAUGCCAUACCACACAGUCACUUUAGCUUCGUGUAAAGGUGCUGGUGCCACAUCAUGAGGAUUUUCGUCAGUCCAAUGAACGCAAAAAAUCAUAUCUGAUUAUCUCUUCUUUGCAAAUGUUUUACAUUGGGAAUUUUCAUCAUACAUGUAAUCAUUCCAAUGCCGUGUAUAGUUUUUCAAUGUAUUGAACAAUUUGCGCACAAAUAAAGUGUUGUCAUUAAAAAAUUUCAAAAUUCUUUCACUGUAACCGUAACCAUGGAAGCUGGAUGAUUUUUAAAUCAUCACAAUCUUGAACGCAUACCUUCAAACAAUAAUAUCUGAAAUUUUAUUUCGAUCGGUUGAGCAGAUAAGCUCAUAUAUUAAAGAAGAUUUUUCAUGACCAUCCCUGUAUACAUAUCCAGUUAAUGCAGAUAAAUUUUUUAAUGAAAAAUUAGUUUUCGGAUAUUGCAGCUCGAUUUUUAAUAUGAAAAAAUUUCAACUAAUUUAUUGAUACAGAGAUUCAGUAUUUUAGGAGAAUAAUGUGAUGAUACAGUAGGGGGAUUUUUACCUUUUUAGACUAUUGACCAUGUUUUGAUACAGUUAGUGAAGUUGAGUUUUUAGAGGUUAGUGUGCUUGUUUAUAAAUAAUAUAAUCAAUUAACUACUCUUGAUGAAUAGGGUCAGAAUCCACUGGCAAAUGCAAUUCUUGUAUAAUUUUUGUUAGAAAAUAAGAAAAAACUUCAGUACAUUUUCAUAUUGGCAGGGGCUGAGCGGUAAAGUCACUGAACACUGGUAGUUCAGUCCGAAGUUCGAAUCCCGCAAACGGGCUGGCUGCAUGAGUGUUUUCGUGGUUUUCCCCAUGUGUAACUUGUAUACGAGCCAGUUUCCCUUAAAAAGUCCACCAUGAAGGCAUCCCUUCCUUAAGGCAGAUAGCCCUCAAAUGCUUUGCCGUAAUCUAAUAAACCAAACCAAACCAAACCAAACCAAUCAUAUUGGCAGGGAUUAUUGAAUAACUGUGGUGCUGUCUUAGCUGAAAAAAGAUCUUGUUUUAGACGAAACAGUUAAUUUUUGCCAAGACUCUACAUUUUGAUGUACGCUUGCACGUUACACAUUACUUUAUUUACAUCAUGUAAGAAAAAAAAUACAAAUAUUUAACAAAUACAAUACAAAUAUUUGAAAGAAAUACAAAUAUUUAACUGCUGUUUUAUGAAUACUAGAGUACACUCUCUACUUCAUAUUUGUGGCUGUAAAUAUAAGGGCCCAGAAGUCUUAGUUCUGUAGUUUCAAUGCGCUUGUACCAUAACGAAGCACAAAUAUAACUAACUAACAAAUAUAGCAAGUAUGCCAACAACAAGGUUAAAUUUCUUUGACUAGUGGAACUUCUACUGCCAUCUAGUGAGGGAAAGAAACUUUAUUGAAUUCCUAACAAAUAACUUAAAUAGUAAAAUAGAAAAAAAUAAAAAUUACAUUUUGAAGAAAAGUCUGUAAAGUGCUAUGAAAAGAUCUGUCAAAUUUUAUAUAUGAAAUGUUCAUGAAAAUGUGACAGCAUGUUUUUAAAUGAAGUCAGACAGGCCUGAAGUCUCAUUAUCAUGGAAGAAUGGCUAAAAUCAUGAAAUACUAGUAGUUCAUCCGAGUUUUUCCCCCCCAGAUAUCUACUUCAGUCCUAUGACUUAAUAAACUGGUUCCAUGAAGUUUUCUUUUCUUUUUUAAAGAUGUGUAACAUGAUUAACAACUUCCCUUAGAAAGUAUUCCACUAUGGCGUCUUUCGUUUUGGAUAGUAGCUUUUGUGUGCUUUGCUAUAGUCAUUAAAUCUAUUCCUGACCAUCCCAUUAUCAUGAGAAUCUUAAGGCAUGAAUCCUCCCGUUUCAAAGAAUUGCAUGAUGUAAUCUGAAGAGAGACUCAGUCAAGGAUGAUUAAUGUAUAGGAAUGAAUAGUAUAAAAAAGAUUGCUCUAUCUCUUGAAUAGACUUGCAAUUUCAUUUUAAUGAAUCAAAUGAUGUUUUCCAGCUAAGAAAUAUUGACCAUGCAGCAGUUUUAAUGAAAAUUUACAAUGUUUUAUUGUUACAUGUGCAGAGAAAAUUUCAAACAUUAGUUCUGUUGCUCUAUAUGAUAUGGUUGUUAGUAGAGGCUGACUCUUAACCAAAACCCACAAGUGUAGGAUCAACUCAUAUGUAAGGCUUAACUGUACCUAUAUUAUCUCCUGAUCUGUAUACAGAUCAGGCAGUUUAUUCAUCUUAACAUGAUUAGGAUGCUACUGCUUUAUUGUAGCCGAAACUUCUCUUCAUUUCUUCAGAAAGUUCUUGAUAGUUGUAAUUAGGCAUGGACGUGUAGGUUGUAGUAGUUAGUGUUCCUUUCCUCCCUGACCAGAAAGAAUUAUCCUCUAGGCUUCUUUAUGAUCUUGUUAAAGAAAACUUGCGAUUCUUCAGUGCUAGCUAAUGUAGUAUUAAGAAAUAUGUUUUACUUGACUAUUUCUCUGUUCAUUGUCUUAGUUUAUAACAGAUGUAUUUUUUAUGCAUCACCAAAACAAAAAGUAAAACAAACUUAGUUCUACAUUUAAUAUGUAAAGAAAUUCAUAAUGUACGCUUGACUUCAUUAUGCAGGGCAUUUUUUGGUCUGUGCACACAUUUAUUAUGCAAAAUGUUUGUUAAGUAAAACACUACUGCACUUAUCAUUAUUUUGAUUAACACACUGAGUGCCACGUCAGCCAUUGUGGCCGACACUAGACUUUCCGUUUAGGCCAUGUCAGCCAUCUGUGGCUGACACUAGACUUUAUGUUUAGACCAUGUCAGCUAUCUGUUUCCGACACUAGACUUUCCAUUUAGGCUGCGUCAGCCAUCUGUGGCCGAUACUAGACUUUCUGUUUAGGCCGUGUCAGCCGCCGCUGGCUGACAGCAUGUAUCAUGUGUAACUCAUGUGUAACGUUUGUGUAAUUAUAAAAUUUUCACUGUUUUAUGGAAUUACAGAAAAUUUUUUUAAAAUUUACUUCAUUUUGAUUCAUUACAGGACUAAUGAAUUUCAUUGAAACAUGGUAAACAUAAAAACGGUUCUCCACUACUGCUAUUACAAAAUGUGACAACUCUCUUAAGUCUUUUUUUCUGGCAACCAGCGCUUUUAAGUGGCGCGCGUGGCCUGAAUGGGAUUGCCUAAAAAAUACGCGUGGCGCUCAACGUGUUAAGAUAUGUUCAGUAUUUGUUUAUCAAAUUUUUGCAUUUAUUAACUAAAAUCAUAGACUUCAUAUAUGAAGUUUUGUAAUUGUCUAUAAAUAUGAAUAUGAAGUUUUUAGAUAUGAAUCACAUUUUCUUAGAAAAUCCCCAGUAAAGACAUCCUUUCCCUUAAGCCUUUAAAAGUUUUGCUAUAUAAGAAAAUAACCUUACCUAUAUAUGUAACUUGACCUCACUCAGUAGUUCAUUGAGAAUUAGAAAGAAUUUUUCAGAUUUAUUUUUCCCCCCAAGAAACUUGGCCGAUUUCAGUGGCUUAAAAUGAUGAAAAUUUCCUAAUUUUCAGAAAUACUUCAGUAAUAUCUUCAUAGCCAAAUAGCAAAAGAUGCUGGAUAUUCUAUUGUGAAUAUUUAUAUGCACUUAUACAUUCAUAUUUUCAACUCUGUAGUAUCAAAUAUUUAAGCUAAAUGUAUAUGUAGUGAAAUAUUGUGAUAAUCACAGAUCCAUAUAUUACCUGCCAUAGUUUAUUUUGUGUUUCCAACAUGACUUACACAUGAAACAAAUUUAUAAUCUAUAUAUUACAUUUAUUUAAGUUGAAGGCCUUUCUGUUGCCAUAUGAUCUUAGCAAUAAUUUUAAAUUAUAAAUAUUCAUCCCAAUAUCACAUUUAUUUUCAGUAUUUUGAAAUUUUUUUUAUUUCCUAUGGUACUCUUAAUGUGGGGAAUUUUCUAGAAAAUCAUUUUAUUGAAAUAUAUCUUUGUUAUUCACAAAACUGUAUUAUCAAUUUGUGUGUGUGUAGCACAAUAAAUUAUAUUUAAAACAAUUUUUUGUGAGUAAAGGUAUUUCAGAUUUACAGCUGAAGGAAAUAGAAGUGUUCCAUUGUAUAUUUUAUUUUUGCAACCAAGUUACUAAGCAGUGAUUAGUGAUUAUUGUUUGGAAUUAAGAUAAUUAGAAUAUGAAGAUGCUUUUUUAUUAAAAAAAAAGUUAAAACGUUAUUAUACCACACAAACUUUUUUUUUUUUUUUUUUUUUUUAAUAUUAUUAUUAUUUGGAAUGAAUUUUGUUAACAAAACAAAUGUUUUAAGACUGACUGACCCUUAACUAUUGCAAUGUAUUUUUCUAGACUGCAAAAUUUUCCUCCUUAUUAAAAACUUUCAUGUAAAUAGACGACUUUCUUGUUUGCCAUUUUAAUACAUAUUUUCAUUUUUAUGCUGUGAACAUUUUCAACAGCAGGAAGUAAUAACCAGUCUAUCAGAUUGAUUGAUUGUUUAAAAAUUUUGUUUGUGUAUGAAUUAUGUAAAUACUAUCUGAGACUGUGCUAUGAUGAAAAUCACAGUAUCAUUCUAGCACCAGUGUUUAAGGAUUAAUCCACUUAGGCUGCUGUCACACAUCUGUUUGUUUUGGAAGAACAACCAUUUGGAACAAUUUUUCUGCUUUGUCACAACAGGCAGUCACCACAGAUCGCUUUGGGGUUAUCACAGGAAAAACUGGUUCCCCAUCACAAACAAGCUGAUAGGUUGAAAGCGAACAACUUGCAAUUUUUUUCGAAAGGAAGGAAAAAAUCGUGCGUCUUUCUUUCAAUAAUAAACCAGGCAGAAAAACUGUCAAACAGUUGUUCAUCUAAAACAAAUGCGUGUGAGAUACUGGCCUUAGAAAACCUUCAUUGAAUAUUUAAUUAAAGAAAUAUGUGCAUAAAAAUGUUUCUAUAUAUGAGGAAUAAAAAUUAUAAUGUUAUAUUAAAAUUACUCUUAUGGUAAACAUCUAAUUUGGGAGGAAAAAGAACCAUAGAUCUCACUGUUAUUACUUUGAAAUGUUUUUUCCAACUGAAUAAAGUUUAUUUUAUUCAGAGA